AAUAAAGUUUAUUGUAGGGAAAAAGGAUUGUAAUUUUGGGCUCUCGGCUUGCCAUACUUUUCAUUCCCUGUGACUACGUCAUUCUCACGCGACAGCUCAGGUUGGGCGCACGCUGGUAGACAGUUCCUCUCCUUUUCGGGGUUUUCUGUCCGUGUGUGGACUAUGGGGAAACGACCUAACUCCUCCGGGACCAAACCCACAUCCGCGGAGAACAAGACAGGGGUCGCGGUCGAGAACUUCGAGAAAUGGAAGAAAAAGUACAACAAAAAGAAAUCUCGGGUUAAACGCGAGCGUGCGCAGAAGAAGAAGCCUGAGUGGCAGGUGGAGCGCGAGUACAUCCAGAACUUGGUCCGCAGGUACGAGGACGUAGACUUGAGCCAGGUGGCCAGGUUCUCUGACUUCCCCAUCUCUAAAAAGACUCUGCUGGGCCUGCAGGAGGCCCAGUUCCGACAGCCCACCGAGAUUCAAAGGCAGACCAUUGGACUUGCCCUGCGGGGCAGAGACGUGCUUGGCGCGGCCAAGACCGGCUCCGGUAAGACGCUUGCCUUCCUCAUCCCGGUGCUGGAGUGCCUGUACCGGCAUCAGUGGAGCUCCAUGGAUGGUCUGGGCGCCCUCAUCAUUUCUCCUACCCGGGAGCUUGCCUACCAGACCUUCGAGGUCCUCCGCAAGGUUGGCAAGAACCACGAAUUCUCCGCGGGUCUAGUGAUCGGCGGCAAGGACCUGAAGACCGAGGCGGAGCGGAUCCCCCGCACCAACAUCGUAGUCUGCACCCCGGGCCGGCUGCUGCAGCACAUGGACCAGACCGCCUGCUUCCACGCCAGCGGCCUCCUCAUGCUGGUUCUGGACGAGGCGGACCGCAUCCUGGACAUGGGCUUCGCGGACACGCUGAACGCCAUCGUGGAGAACCUGCCCCGGACCCGGCAGACGCUGCUCUUCUCUGCCACGCAAACCAAGUCCGUGAAAGACCUGGCCCGGCUCAGCCUGAAAGACCCGGAGUACGUCUGGGUCCACGACAAGGCCCGCUUCAGCACGCCGGCCUCGCUGGAGCAGAGCUACGUGGUGUGUGAGCUCCAUCAGAAGGUGGACCUGCUCUUCUCUUUCAUCCGCGGACACCUGACCAAGAAGAUCAUCGUCUUCUUCGCCUGCUGCAAACAGGUGCAGUACCUGUUCCGGGUCUUCUGCCGCCUGCGCCCUGGCAUGCCGGUUCUGGCUCUGCACGGCCGGCAGCCGCAAGUGAAGCGGGUGGAGGUCUACAACGACUUUGUCCGGAAGCAGAACGCCGUGCUGUUCGCAACUGACAUCGCUGCCAGAGGUUUGGACUUCCCCGCCGUCAACUGGGUCCUGCAGUUCGAUUGUCCAGAGGACGCGGACACCUACAUCCACCGGGUGGGCCGUACAGCCCGCUACAAGGAGGGCGGGGAGGCGCUGCUGCUGCUGCUGCCCUCCGAGGCGGAGGCCAUGGUGGCGCAGCUGCAGGAGAAGAAGGUCCCCAUCAACCAGAUCCAGGUGAACCCGGAGAAACUGCAGAGCAUCCAGCAGAAGCUGGAAGCCUUCCUGGCGCAGGAGAAGGAGCAGAAGGAGCGGGCUCAGCGCUGCUUCGUCUCCUACCUGCGCUCUGUCCACCUGAUGAAGAACAAAGCCGUGUUUGACGUCUCCAAGCUCAACAUCAACCAGUAUGCUCAUUCGCUGGGGCUAGCCGUGGCGCCACGGGUACGCUUCCUGCGUAAAACUCAGGCACAAGAAGAGAAGGAGGAGGAUGAAGAGAAGGAGGAUGAAGAGGAGGAGGAGGAGGAGGAUCUGCGCAGCUUCAAGGCCUGCCUCAAAGGAAAGUCUUCUCCAGAUGAGAGCCGAAGCUCGGGGUCAGAAACCAGUGAGGAGAAUGAAGAUGAUGGAAGUGAGGAGGAUGUGGAGCAGUUCGAGUCUGAUGAAGACGAGGAGGAUCUUCGAGACCUGGACCUUCUGACAGUCAAGAGAAAAGACGUGUUCGGCCUGGACCCGCAGAGUUCCGAUGAAGCUGACGCCAGCCAGAGGAAGAGGGGGGUGGCCAAAGAGACAAAGUUCAAAGAAGCCAAAAAGGUCCUGAAGAGGAACUUCAAGGUGAACACCAAGGUGACUUUCAACGAGGAGGGUGGGGCCAUGCAGGUUUGGCCACCAGUUCAGCGUAAGGCUGCUGGUGAGGAGGAGGAAGAGGAGAAAGAGGAAGAGUCGGGUAUCAAUGUAGAGAAGGCCAAAGAAAGGCUAAAGAGGGAGGAUGAGGAGUUUGACAAGCAGGAGUACAGCCGCAAGGUAAAGGCCAAACACAGGGAAAGGAGGUUGAAGGAGAGGGAGGCGCGGCGCGAGGCCAGCAGGCGUGGAAAACGCCACGAGGACGAAGAGGAGGACGAGGUCGUGGCUUAUCUAGCCAAUCAGAGCGAAGACGAGUUUGACCCCAGCACCCUGCCAGACCCAGAAGAGCUGCAGCCUUCAGGAGAGGAAGAGCAGGAAGAAGAGGAGGACAGAGGCUUCGGCAAACGUUCACACAGGGCUGAGGAUGAUGAAGAGGAGGAGGAGCUCACAGCAGAGAAGAAAAGGAAGACGGAUGACGAAGAGCUCCCAGCUCUGGACACUGGUCUGACUCUGGCCGAAGAUGAAGAGCUGGUUCUCCAGCUGCUGCGAGGACAAAGGUAGAACCCACAGAACUGGAUCAUGGAGCUGAGCUCGGUUCUGGAAGGUUCUUCCUGAGGGAACGUCCCGGUUCUGAGGCGUUUAGGAUCUCCUAAUCCGCUGUGUUUUCCCAGACUCACUUUUAAAGGGAGGGGCUCUGGUAUGACCUCCUCUUUUGGACCUGUCAUGCCCGUCCUUUGCAGACCCACAGCGCUCCAGCUGUCGAACUGAGCACGCUCAGAACUUCGGCGAUGCUUUCGUGAGUGACCUCUGCUGAAGCAGGCUCACAGGUUCACCUUCAGUCUUUGAAAUUCUGACAUUUUCAUGUAUCAAUGAGUAGAAAAACCCAGAUUUUUGUGUUUCCAGAACAUCCCAGAUUUGAUCUUUCAGACCUUAUUGUGCUGCAGAUUUUCCUUUCAGUUCAUUUUCGUAUAUUUUCCACCAUUCAGCCAAGUUUAAAACAGUUCAAGCGCCUCAAAUAAUAAACCAGAGAGAAAGGUUAAACCCUCUGAAGAAGCUUAAAUGCAGGAUCUCUACCUCAAACAGGUGCGAUUGCAGUCAGCAGCUACAGAUACAAACAUGUUGACUCUCAGUUCAAGAGAUUUGACUAGCACACAAAUUUAGUUUUAAUGUCAACAUCCAGCAGGUGGAGCUAAAGUCCUAAAUAUGUCUUGUCCCUGCAGUUCCGUAUUUGUCCUGAAGUGUCGCUGUACAGAAUGCAGAAUGGCUUUAUUGUUAUUGUACAUCUCAUCCCGGUAGGCCGUCUCGUCCUCUCACCGCUGUUGCGUCAUCUGCAAACUUGAUGAUGAUGUUCUUGGGGUAGGCAGGUCUACAGGGAGUAGAACACCUAAAGAAUAGAAUAUCUAGCUCCUCAUAUUUGGCAGCAGAGUAAACUAACUACUCUUUUUCAUGUUGACAGACACAAAACUAUUUUUUACCCUAAAAAGAAAGUUUUACACAAAAUAAUUGAUUAUUUUGAGAAAUAUUUACAGUUCAGAACACGUUUUUUCAAUUUCAUUGGUUCUGAGGGACUCGAGAUGGUUUUCAAUGAAAACAAUAAAAAGAUUGUCAGUGUCUGCAGAACUCAGUGCCCCAUUUUUUCAGUACAUGUGUAGUGUGGUUUGAUUAAAUGCAUAAUAAAGUUUUAUUAUAUUUAAGAAAAAAAACAAAGGUUUUCAUUUUGUCCUCUAAUGCAGAAGCAGGAACCUGCUGAAUUCAUCUGAACUCAAAGCGGGAAUAGUCAGAAGGUGAAAAAGGGAGAUUGGUCUUUUCUGCAGCAGUGGGCACCGUGAGGCGCGUUUGUUCUUGCUUUGAAUCUGUAUUUUCUCAGACUUUAUACCAAUAAACACAAACAAAAGUA